CUUUAGAAAAGCAUCGCGGAGGCGAAUCAAAACAAAGCAGGUCUGAAAGUUCAACGCGCACAAAUGUGCUGUAAUUAAGACGUAUAAUACAACUCCAACAACUCCCACGCAACCAAAUGUUGUAUUUGCGUUGAAGAUCACGACCUUACUGUCUGUCUACUGUAGAAGUAGAAGAUUACAGGAUGACAAACCAGUUUUGGUCUUCAUCAUGCUCUCAGUGUUGACUAUAGAAACCCAUCAUAUACCCGACUCUUAAACUCAGCCUUUGGGCUUUGCAGUGACGUGACACUUUUCUCAGUGCAAUAUGUAUGCAAGCUGGUGGAAAGAACUUGUUCGUCUGUCGAUUUGCUUCUCUAUUGCGUGACUGCUUGUCAUACCCCUCGGUGUGGCUCAUUGAUUCUUGCAAGGUAGUAGCCAAGAAGAACUUUGAUCGUGGUGAGCGGAUAUUUCCUAGAAAUUUUGGGUUUUCAUCCUCGGGUAUGUUGUAGUUGGGGCGACUGAGUUCUUCUUUUUCCUCGAUAUUCUUCUUCUGACUGUUAAAUUUACUCCCAAGUCGUUAGAUACUAGGGUAUAAUAUACGCCCUAGUUGCUGUGCUUGUUGGGAUACGCACUUCGCUCUUUGUUCUCGUUGUGGACCUUCAAUACCAUCUAAGUCUAUUUUGAAAGGUUUUUUCACAACAUGGCUCACUAAGUUUCACCGGGAGGGAAAAAAGGUUCAUUUGCUUAUGAAUUUUUCCUCUUCUUUAUGAUGAAGAAGAUCACUCCUCGGGUGCGCGUGCGGGGGCUUAAUUUCUGACUAUUUUGGUACAUCAUUUUCCUGGUUUCAUGUUCCAUAACCAACAUAAUUGUUGUUGCCUUUGUAUAAUUUGGCUUCUAGUAGUUGAGAGAGGACAGCACACACUCACACACUCUGCUCUAGCGCCAUUAUUGUGGAGCAGGUGCUUUGGUUGACGACGUCUACAGAAUUCGUUGUACUUUUCCACAUUUCUUGAAUAGAGACGAGGCAUUGUUGAUUCCGAUUCGUCUAGAAGGAACAUCGUAGCUAGGUCUCAUUCUUCUGUGAGGAAAAAAAUACGAAUCCUAUCGUGUGGCACGACGCACAGACACCCGACCGUGCCACUGCCUCCAUCACGAUCACCGCAUCGACUUCGUUGAGUAGAAGAAGAAGAUUGGUGUUGUUGUUACGUCGUUCGCGAAUACAAGCCACGAGCACGACCAGCAGCAGACAGCUCUGCGUUGCCUUCGCCCGCCGCGGUCUUUUUCCAGCUUCCUUUACGUAGAAACUUCAAACAUACGAGCAUGAUAUGAUCGACGACAUUUUGUGCCACUUGAUGUAGGAGUGCGUGCCGAAACCGGGACGAAAUCGAAAACGAAGAAAACCACAUAGAAGUUAACAAGACGAGCGUAUUAACUUGGCACCGAUCAUAGCUCGCUGCGCGAUUAGAAGCAUCGCGGCCUUCACCAAUAGCAAUAAUUCUCUGUUGUUGGUGCAAGCAGGUACAACACAGCGACGACAGCGACAGCGACGAGUACCGUUCUCGCUAGUACAUCUUCAACAUAGUGUGCUGUUGCUAGUGCCGGUGAAAAGAUGCUGAAGAGGAAAGAUCGCACUACGAGAAUAUCAUCAACAUCAGCGAACGAUUCACAUCAGCAUAGGAUCAGCGACAUCAAGAUUAACGACGUCCGACAUCACAUCGGCCUGCCGACGUAGACAAAUUUACAAGUUGGAGGAACAUCAAAGAUAUUAGAGUUUGGGGAGAAAAAAGUCGAAGACAUCGCAACAACUACAUCAGCCACUUAUCAAGAAGAUCAAGAAUUAUCACAUGUUGACCAUGUUGCGGCCGGCUAAAGGAUGGACACCACAAAUGAUAUAGACCCAGACAUUGCGAGGAGCACUGACACGACGGACCGUCGAUUGGCCAACGCGUUAUUGCAGAGUAACACUUUGGACGAAGAGGAAGACUAUUUGAGUGCCGGGGGUGCCUCGAGCUGCGAACUCGCUAGCUUCCCUGUCGCCUCGCAGGGCACGAACUGCAGCGGAGGUUCCCUAGAGGCUGCAGCUGGUGAGCAUCAUGCGUCAGGAGGACCCGGUGUUCAAAACGAAUUGCGUUCUGGUAAUACGACAGUAUCUGCUCCUCUUCAUGACAAAGAAAACCACGUGAAAACCAAGGAGAAAAUAGGCAGGAGCAAAAUUGCAGGAAGUUGUACAAAUACGUGGACGGAAAGCACAAGUAGCAAAGGUGAGACGACAGUUGACACGACAACAUCAACUUCAGAGCCACAACGAUCACUAGCUGAAGACCAAACCAUUCCGGCAUUUUUGGGGAGUGCACGUGAAAAGUUGACCACCCCCGACCCUAUGGUCAACAAACACAGCACUUCCACCGUAUCAACGACGCCGCCAUCGUGGCCGCGCGGUAGUGAGAAGAUGACAUCGGCACCUGCCUUCCUGGCCUCAGGAGGAGGAGGAGGAAGCGACACGGUCGAACCAGUCCACAAGCCCUUGCCAGUUGGCACUACACCUCCACACAAUUCCCCGGCACAAUUACCGGAAAAGUAUCAGCAAGGUGGCUCGGCACCCUCAACAAGCAACACAACUAGUAUUGCUUUAGGUGGUAGCGCAACUUCGUCAACAGAUACAUCUAGUACGGCGAACGGGGGAGGCGGAAGCAACGGCGUAGCAGCUCUAGGUGGCACUGCAGCAAAGUCGAACAACUCGAAAACGACAAGUGCUGGUAGCUAUGCUCCGUCAAGCACGGCAAAUGGAACUACAACGAGGUUUACUAGUCAACUCCAGUAUGGAGGAGGGGCAUCGCCAGAAGAGCAAGAGGUGGGAAUCGUAGCUGACGACGAGGAACCGCCACCACCACCCCCUCAGGAAGAUGGCGACACUUCCGGUUUCUCGCCUGUGAGUCGUCGACUCAGCGGCGACGUCUCAACGAACGGAGACCAGCGAUCCGGAGCAGCCGCUUUCCCGGGCGACGUAGAUAGGCUUACGACCGUUUCUAUUGUUAGCGUUAGUUUCAGGUGGAAGAGUCGUGAGAGGUCAUAAUGAGGAAGAUCAUAUUGUGAAACUUGUGUAUUAGUAUUAACGGAAAGUGCAAUCUGAACAUUCUACUAGUACGAGAACAAGCAGUAACUACUUGUUGUAAGUAGAAUUAUCAUCAUUUAAAUGCGAGUACUAGUACAUCUGUGCUUGUUGUACAACUAUCAACCACUCAGCCUCCUCUGAUUUAUUUAUUGCUUGAGGGAACAAGAGUAACAAUGUCUAAUAUGGAAAAUGCGGCACCUGCAACAGCGUCAGUCGUGCCGAGUGCGGAUACUGUUGGUGGGGAGCAUCAACCUAUCGACGCUCCAGGGCUUCCCGGGGCGGCGGACAUUCUUACGACUGAUAUGGGUGUGCUAGAGGAGGACAUCGAUGCGGAAGAGCGUCAGCGGCGAGCGGGUUGGGAAGCUUUGGGUGCGGAAGUGAAUCCCGAGUGGUUAAACGGUUUCUACAAUCUCGGGGCGUUGCAUCAUGACCCGGUCGGUGGAGAGGACUUCCACGAGGACGGCCUAGAGGGAGGGCAGGGUGAGAGUGUGCCACUGCACUUUCCUGAUGAAUCACAAGAGGAAGAGGCGGAUGGGGAAGUAGAGAGUAGUGCCGAAGCCAGUGACGAGGCAGCCGGAGGGGAACCGGGUAGCCAGGUAAGUGGCAACAAGAAGUCCGAAACCCGCACGGGUACGGGGAAGCCAAAGCGGCCGCCGGGAUCGGGGCUCAAGUCCGCACGCAGUUUAGAGCAUCAAAGGAGCAGCGGGGGUGACACGCAGACGGAGGAAGAGAAAAAGUGGACGAAGGACGCAAUACAAUUUAUCGACGCCCACAUGACGACGGAUCUGAAAAUCGAGGAUGUUCAGGAGAAAGUGAUCAAGCCUCUACAGAAAAUCGCGGACGAAAUUGGUACUAUAGUAUACCUAUAAUUUUUUCCUCAUAGUGAAAAAUGUCGAGUAUCUAUGUACCUAAAAUAUACUUGUUUUGAAAAUUAUGUAGUUGCAGACUCAUUCUCAUCCAUGUCUUUUAUCCCCGAGUCAUGGAAAACUUCCUAAUCAAAAAUGUUAUCUUUUUCAAUCCGGCUAGGUCUGAAGGGCGAGAUGAAGUGCUUCGGAUCCUUCAUGAGCGGUUUUGCGAGCAAGAGGUCAGACUUGGAUGUCACAUUUAUCCAGAAGGACUCCACAGUCUAUAUUCACGACGUCCUGAACCGCAUCGCGACCAAACUAGAAGCAAGCGGCUUAUACGACAGUAUAAUUCAUAGAAUAGAGGAAUCUUCUCUGAACUUCUGGCGGAACAAUAGUGACAGCGAGACACUAAUGAAUACCUCUACCCUCUCCAGGUUGAUCUCGUUGUAGAAAAAUUAGUAGUCCUGGUAGAAACUUCUGCGCGACCAAGUAGAACGUUAACGUGGUGACAACGGUCAGUCUUCAACGCGAUGAUUGAAUUUGAAUACACAUAUCUAUCACGACAAGGUAUCACGAAGGUGCUGCAUGCGCAGUCGCCUUUAGUGCGGUGUACGCAUUUGGAGCUUGCUGUGGAAGUCGAAAUUCUGAUGAAUAAUCAGUUGGGCGUCGAGAACUCAAAUCUACUGCACUGCUACAGCAAAUUAGAUCCGAAAGUCGCGCAGUUGGUACUAAAUCAAGUAAGUUUUGAGUGUUCCUACUGUCUGUGCAGAACAAGUAGAAGGAUAGCCUGCAGCACCUGCUACAACCUUUUUCCUCAGGUAGUCGUACUCCUCGUUUGUCAGAUACUGCUUGGUCUUGGUACUUGGUACUGACGCCGACCUUCACUUUGAUUCUUCAAAUUCAAAUGGAAUCGACAACCUCAGGUCCGUCUAGUCAAGACUUGGGCGAAAAACCACGAUAUUUUAGGCUCGCAGGAUGGGUGCAUCAACAGUUACGCGUACGUGCUGCUCGUUCUCUACUAUCUGGUAAGUGAGGACUGACAUAUUAGACUUCUUACUACACUCUUAAGCAAGAGCAACAUGAUCAUGAUUUUUCUGCGGUUUCUGCUUCUGCUGCGACGUGCUUUCAACAAUUACCUGUGUGUACCGUCUGUUUUUCGUUUUUCGAUUGGAUUGAGCAGUACGAUAUUGUAUUUCAUGUUACCGCAUGGUUAUCAUCAUGAUCAUUAUCAUGCCCCUCAAAUGAUCCCAAGUUGUAUGUAGCACCUGCCUUGUUGACAUUCUCAAGAACAUUCGUACCUCCUCCAGGUGUGCAUAAAUUUUUUGCCGAAUUUGCAAUUGCUAGCACAAGCUCUGGGACUUCCCAGGGCUUUAGUUUCGGUGAAGAAAUGGGGCUCUUUAGACACGGUAGAUACCCGCUUUUGGCAAACAGAGUUGCCGUCAAAUUACCGACCUGCAUCGGCGAGUAACUGCACCCUCUACAAUCUAGCAAAAGGCUUUUUCGAGUUCUACACCAAGUUUCCUUGGGAAACGUCAGCAGUCUGCCUCAGAUACCAGUAAUAUUGCUUACUUGAAACCUAUUAAUGACUUCUUGAUCUUGUUGGACAUCAUGAAGUUCAUCAAGGAUUUCCCUAAAUAUUUAUAUAGAUACUUCGAGAAUUGGGCGCGGGCGUCCCCGCCUUGCGCCUCUCUACAUGUUCUGCAGGGACCUCCUGGCUUCUGCUGACCCUCGCAGGCUGGAGGUCUCCGGGGUAAAAGGCCGCUGAAGGCGGCCACGGUCUCAAGAGCAAGCAAGCCGAUGACCAAGGGCCCGGGGGGUACAGGCCACACGGCUGAGGGGGUCCAGCCCCUCGCCUUUUGCCGCCUUCGGGGGCUCUUCCACACACGGCGCACCGCUGCGGCGGCGAAGCAUAUAGGAGGCAGGUAGGGCACAGGCAGGCCAGAGCGCAGGCAGGCAGCUGGAAGGGAGCGGAGAAGGCCCCCUGUCCCACUUUUGAGGCCUUCCUCGCCCGGCAGACGCCUUCAAAAGGGGCCCGGGGCUGCACGGUGCCCCCCCCCUCGGGCGGGUGCCGUAUCCCUGCGCCCUGGGUCAUAUAUAUGCGGCUUGGAUAAUACUCUCCGGCAAUUAGGAACCUCAAUUAAAAGUAGAUCAAGUACUUUUAGCACCAGCUGCUCAUUUUUCAAUAAGUUAUUCAAUUAGAAGAGAGUUGUUGUUCAGUGAAUCUUGCGAAGACCCAUCCUUGCUGUUCUUCCAGCUGAAUAUAAGUAAUGUGCUUCCAUGUUCAACUUCAACGCUCCUUGUAGGAUUCCCAACGGACCGACAACGAGCACGGCGAAGACGUCGCUUUUUUACCGAGACGCAGCGCCGCCAUCUUGGUAUGUGGAGGACCCAUUUGAUGUGAAGCAUAACCUGGCUGGCCGCACGACUGAGUCCGGCAGACGAAGGAUCACAAAUGCUAUGCAAGCUGUGCUAAAAAAUUUCGACGCAUUUGAUGAGGCAUUUCAGACGCAGAAGCCACCGAGGUAGUAGAUGCUAUGUUGUCAUUGAUUCACUUUCAAUUCUACAAUUAAACUUAUCUAAUCUGUGUGCAUGUGUCUCGCCCCCCAGACGCAUGAGACCACCUAUGCAACAUGGAGGGCAACAUGUUGCAGCGGGGGGAGUCUAGUCUGCAGGGGGUGCUCAUUGACUAGAUCCUGACCCCGCCUAUUUCCUAGAAAUGCACGAGCCUUCACUUCAGAGAGAGAAAUAACGGACUCACAACGCUCAAGCCUCUAGCCUGUAGUAAUUCCAACUACCUGUAGGAAUCCCUAGGCUGCAUCAUCAUGUAGAGUAUAGUCCAUCUUCGUCUUGUUCGUCUUCCAUCUCCCCAAUCAAACUUUAGGAAAGAAAGUUGGAUAGAGUUCAUUAUAGUUGACUCAAGAAAUUUGAAUACCUCACGUACUUGACCUUCACAGCUACAAUCCAGCAAAUUCUUCAUUCUUCUUAUAAAUUGGCUAGCUUUUUGCACUAUAAUUUUUUUACGCAGGGCAAGGGCUCUACUGGAAGUACAAGCCGAGCUCGCAACUAUUGAUAUUGCUUACAUCACAGGUACUGGCUAAAAGCCUCAAUUUCUUCAACCGUGACACCGAAGCAAGUACUUGAUAUUUUCAAGGAGGUGAAGCUACUGCGGAUGUAUUUCCCCAAAUAUGCGACGUUCUUCCAAGAAGACCCCAACAAAAUGCAGCACAUUUACGGAGGUACCACUUAUAUAUAAUAAACUUGUCUAUACCGAUUUUGUCAAGCAUCAAGUCUCCACCUCGUUAUUUGUUCCAAAGCUAUGCUCAUGCUCUCAUGGUUUAGCGACGUAGAUUCGUCCAGCGGUAGUAGAACCACAAUUUUAUCAUCCGUUUUCUUGAUUGAUUCUCGUGUACCGCGAAACACUUGCACCGUUUGUUUUUUCAACAGCUCCCCGUUACAAGAACAUAAUGUGUGAGUUUUCCUCGCAAGCAGAAUUACGCCAAGCCGAAAUGAGAAAUGAGGUUUUUCUCUGCGAAUCGCAGCUGCGUCUCCACAAAACUACAACGGGCUUUGUCGAGUAAUUUAUUUUCACUUUCGACAUUAUUUCAAUUUCCAACAGCUUUCGUUGUAACGGGAGCACUCUUUGUUAUGGGAAUCAACCAAAAGAGACCCUAGUGUCAGAAGGAUGCACUAUCUCAGUAAAGGAAACGAAAUAUAUAUAUUUAUAUACCAAUAGAAUAAUGGGUAGGGGUGUCAGAUCCGGGAUUGGAUGGAACGGAUGGACUUCCCACCAUUUCAAGUAGGAUCGGAAGACUUAGGGGGGUCCAUCCGAUCCAUCCUACGUCCAUUCUAUCAAUUAUUCGAUUAAAAACGCAACAUCUACUGAGCCCUGAGCCUGCUUAAUAUUACACCCCAAAAAUGAUUUUAUUAGGCUGACUUUGAAAUGAUUUCACAAGAUCUUGAUCAUCAGUCCCUGAUCUGAUGCUCUUCCUCUCUUUUCCUUUUUUCUGGGAAAGCUUGAACAAUCAAGAGUACGACUUUUCACUAAGUUUCUGCUUGCGUGUCGAAGUUCGCUCUGUUACCUCAAGUAGUGCAUACUGUUAUAUCAAUUUCCAACAUGAAUGCACAUGUUCCCUAUGUAUUCUUGUGAAGAAAAGUAUCUUCAAAUAACCAACCGGAAGAAAGAAGACUAUACCCUUGGGGAAAUCUUAGGCAAAUGGCCAAAUGGAUUCGCAUCAUCAGGACUCUAUCCUUGGGUGAUGUCUCCAAAUUUCGUGAAACAGGGACGAAGUGAAAAGCGACGGGUACUACGAGUUUGACCUGUUGAAACCAGACCUCGAGGAGAUGGUCGCGAAGGCGGAAAAGGAGAGGAGCUCAAAUAUCGCCGCGCGUAGCACCGGAGAAUCACCAAAGUAUAAGGGGGAUACAAAAGGCAGCUCAGCAGCAAGCAGUAGCAGCACAGCUGGUGCUAGGUCAGCUGGGGCAGCGGCAGGUACCAAAUGGAAAUACUUUUUACCUGACAUCAUUGCCACUCAGGUUAAUAUUUAUGAGUACAUGCGAUUGAGAUUGCGUUUGUAAGUAGUUGCCCAUCCUCCGCUAACCACGACACAACUUUCCGUCAAUCGGGCACUGGAGCGCCUAUUAUUUUUUGAAUGGCAAUUGUAGACGUACCGGUAACCAGAUUCAUCCGCCACGCCUGCGUACAAUUAUCACUUGAGUCUUACCCUCCCACCAUCCGACCUCGGUGGCACUGAGGAAGCUAAAGACGGGUGGGCGCGAUCGAAUAACGCAUCGAAGGAAAACCCUUACCCUGGCUAUCCAGGGUAUACUGGAAUCUACGACCAAUUUCCGCAAAAGGCUGGCACCGGGGCAUCGCCCUCUUUAGAUCGCAAAGCGAAGGAGGCAGCGGACGCGACAUGGGCAGAUUGGUAAUUUGUCUGAUAGUAGUUUGUACUUGAUUUUCAUUUUCUUGACGGCGUGACAUGGGCUCCUGCUGCACACAGCACGCGGGGGGUGUGCAUUCACAGCUGGAGCCUUUUUAUAGUUGGAAAAUACGAAAGAAUCGAGUGGGAGUGAUUGAUCUACAAUUUGAUUUCUUUAUGAUCGAUACAAGAACUUACUGAUGUUCCUACUCAUGAUUGAACAUCCAUCAACAGGUAUAGGACACAGGCGGGGGCAAAGGCUGGUGAGAGGGUCACUCCGGAAGAUGCAACGCCGUUGAAAGCCAGUGGAGCAGUGUAUGCGCCAGGAACUAGUCGAUUUGACUACGCUUCCUACGCGACGGACGCAGCUGCAGCCGCCUACGGAAAAAGUACUUACGUCGAGUUACCGUGUUUGAUGUUCCUUUUUGUAUCAGAAUUAUUUGCAGUUUUAAUAUCAAAUUUGUUAUAAAUAUAUAAUUGUUUUUCAUCAAGUUCAAGUACCUCCUGUACUAGUACUAGAGGCUGCUCUUCACCAUCACAGAGGAUGAGGACGGCGAGACCUCUUCUAAUGCCUAAGUUUUCCUGACGAACUUUACGAAUAAAUAUAUCAGAUGCAAGCACUCCUGGGGGCGCGAGUAGCUCUGGCGUCGUCGGGACACCGAAGGGUGGGUACGUUUUGAUGCAGCCCCGACCCCCGUGGGAUCAGAUGUUUAGCGAACACAUGAUGGCGGGGAUCCCGUUGGAUAGCAAAGGCGCAGCCCAUAUGGCUUACCUCAGCAACCUGAAAGGCCUGAAAGGAGCUGGACAAAUUCCUAAGGAGUACUCUCCAGAACACGCGAGCAUGCUUGCCGCAAUGAAGGGCAGCUCCCCGUCAGUCCAGGGUGCACCGCAAGCCUCGCUGCUUGCACAAGCGCAUGCAGCUGCGCAUGGCGUUUCAACUCCUGGAGCUGCGCAUGGCGCAAAUCUGUCUACGGCAGCCGCCUAUUCACAAGCGGCCGCGGCACUCAGUCAGCACCAGCAGCAGCAAGCCGCCGCAGCUGCCGCCUCAGCAUCCACGCCCGGCAGCAGUAGUGGUGGCAAAGGUGGCACAGGCGGCAAUGGAGGCAACUCCGCUAGGGAUGUUCUGUCUUCCAGGGAAAACACGGACCAUGAAUCACCUGACAAAGUGACGGCAGCAAAGGCCGCGUACGAACAAAGUGUCCAUGCACAGUACGCAGCGGCUGCGAAGGGGAUGUACAAAGGAAAGAUGCCCGUAUAUCCUGGGAUGUCCUUCAUUUAUCAAGCCGCACUGCCCCCAGGAACAGCGGCGUCAGCAAAAGGAAAGGUAAUAACCCCAACGAGUAGUUUCUUUUAUGCUCUAUUAUAUAUAUGACGCAGGGACGCACGGCACCCCCCCUGUGGAUGGCCCUGUGGUGGUGCUUGCGCGCUCUUUUCCGCGCUGAUUUUCGCAGAUUCUAGUGGUGGCAGGCGUCAAAACUUUGCCCGGGCGUCCCCUUGCGCCUCUCAGCAUGUUCCCUAGCGGCCUCCUGGCCUCUGCUGACCCAGCGCAAGCAGGCCGAUGACCAAGGGCUCGGAGGGUACAAGCCACGCGGCUCAGGGGGUCCCGCUAUGCGCCUUUUGCCGCCUUCGGAGGCCUUCCACAACCGGCGCACUGCUGCGGCGGCGAAGCUCGUCGGCAGUCUGCCGGGUACAUGCAGGCAGCUGGAAGGGCGCGGAGGAGGUCCCUGGCGCCUUUUUGGAAGCCUUCCCCCAAAAUCGGAAGCCUGUAGGGUACACCCAGGCAGCUGGAAGGGAGCGGAGGCGGUCCCUUGGCCCCCUUUUGAAGCCUUCCACCCCCGGCAGUCGCCUCCAAAAGGGUGCUGGGGAUCCACGGCGCCCCCGCGCUCCCCUGAACCCUGGAACAUAUAUAAUCACUUUUAUCACGAUAAUGAAUCAAUUUGCUGACUUCAUCGACAGGAGGUGGAAUAUCAAUAUUGUAAUCGUAUAUCAUCUGAUCAUGAAUGUGAAUCUUGUAACAAGUGCUUGUCAUUGUUUUUUGUACCACUACUAGUUUCUUGAUUUGUAUAUCGAAUAUUAUACAUCAACAUUGCAUACAAGAAUAGAUACAAGUACUACGUACAACCAUUCAACAACGACACACUUCUACUCAAACAUUCACUACAGGACCCAUCGGUUUUCCACCAUCAGCUUCAUUUGAACAUGAUGGCAUCAAAAGGACAAUCAUAUGACCACUACGUGACGGAAUUAAUGCGAACGAAGGGUCUGCCACCACAAGUGUACUAUCCACAUCCGGGAGUUCCAGGAACUGCGUCAGCGCCCGAUCCGCGCAUGAUCAUGGCUUUGAAAGGUAAAAAUCUAGAUAUUCUUUUAUUAUUUAAUUUUUUUGAUGGUAGUACAGGUACUUAUGGUUAUCAUAUUUUACAUCGACUGCAUGUUGUGUCGUGCAUUCAUGAACAAUCAACAUUAAAUAAAACAAAAGGCGCUGGGCUGAAUGGGCAGACCGCUGCCGCUUAUCCUUACGCGGCGGGCGUGCAAGGAGGAGGGGUGGUGACCAAGGGUAAGGGACCGAUCGGGAAACCGGGCGGCCCAGUUCGCGGUGGCGGAUACUGAGCAACUGUUUGUUGUUUUGUGUUCACUUUUGUCUCUGCCUCUUAAGAACCAACAACACAUGGGGGGAGAGUUCUUCUAUGGCUUUCGUGGCUUGUAUUUGAAAUGGUUCUGCAAUGCGAAGGUUGUGUUAAGUGUUCUUGUAGAUGACUAGAAUGUUGACGUUUUCUGCGGGCAUGUGGUUCUGGUUCUUGAACUUGAAAUUAGUACAUGUCGAAGAGCUGCUUGUCGUAAUGCGGACAUCGUUCCCUUGUUGUUGUGCAUCUAGUUAUUUCUAGAACAAGGGAGGGGGUCAUGAUGUCACGAGAAGUUGCAUGACCACUAUCUCAUUCCUCAAUGUCGCCGUAAGGCCAAGGAGCAUAGGAUCAUAUAAUUAAUCCAGGUACAAAUAAAAUUAUAUGGUUCAUCUUCGCAAUCAGAAUCACGGUUAUUUUCAUGUGAUGAUGUUUGCCAUUUUUCGCCGAGUUCUUGUAUUGUACUUCUGUGUGUCUGUUUCUUAAGCUUAAGAGCUAGAAGAAGACGCUGGUGCUGGAGAUGUUGUCGCGUAAAUGGGCUUGCAUGGUCAUGGAGGUGAUCCAAGUACUUUGCGCUUGUAAGUAAAUAUUUAUGUAAAGAGCCAUGCUUUUCCUGCGUGGUGCGCGGCAAAGGAACAAAUAGAGUAUCUAUUGUUGGUCCACAGGACGAACACCAGAUCCUCGAUCUGGAGGAUGGGAAGAAGACCUCCUCGAUCGCAUUUUAGAAGGCGACACCAUCAGCAACAGAGCAGAAGCACCUCCUCCCUGAUGUAGAACUGUAUUCAUCUCCAGCACAACUAAGUAUUGAUGUACAACCUCGUCUGAUGAAUUCACUUUGAAGAACAGGAGCUGCCUGAAAGCACGCUUGAAAAGUUAGAUGAACCAAUCGUCAAUCAGAAAGAAAAAUACGUUUGAGAACUUGUCUGAUGAAGAAGAUGCUAAAUUAUAAAUGAUGUUUUUAAAAAAGUUACGACUAGUUCAUCAUAGUUCGUUGAUUCUUGGAGGUUGUCUACUUGUCCUCGUUCCGCGACGAAGAUCGAAGACAACUUUUGCGGCAUAUUUUUAGCUAGAAGUAGCCAUCUUCAUUUUUUCACAUAUCAUCCAUUGUAUUUGUAUCUACGCAUAUGAUCACUCAAUUACCUUCAUCCUUGUCGAAAUAAGCAAAAAGUUUACGAUCACAUUAACAAAUGUUCGAUUAUAAUUCAUCUGUGUGGUUGUGGAUCUGGAUCGCGUUUGCGAAUUGAAUUUGUUGUUCAGCAAUUCGUUGCUCCCUGAGAAUUGUGGAAUUCUCUUAGUCCUAGAUAGUACUUCCUUAGUUGUCCGACCUUUGAACACGACCAUGGGCCAUGUACAAACAUUGUAGUUACUUCUCUCGGCUGUCCUGGAGCGCACCACCUUAAGUUAAAGCAUCUAAGCAGCGAACGAGAGAGAUCUUUUGGUUUCUAGUGGAGGAGGGCAGGACGAGCAUAGGUCCUCGUCUUGGGUGACGCCCUUAUACAUAGAGCCGCACCACAUCAAAAAACUCGAGAGAAGAUAACUAGCUGUUAAUUUGCUCCGGCUUGUUGGGCGUGAAAGCUUUCGGGAUGGAAUACUCACUCAGCAUAAUUCCAAUUGUGCAUUUCCGACACUCACAGGUUUUCUUUCCACCGGGAGAAGGCAGCGUCGCCGCCGAGGUCCACAUUUUCUGAAUAUUUAGAUAAGUAAGUAGAUGUAGAAGAAAGAAAUUUAUUCACUAACUUUGUCAACUGUUUUUUACAGUGUCGCGCGUGGUCGGUCGUGCGAUCGAAAUUCCGCUCAUUGUAUUACUUAAAUAGUUUCACAUUGUUCAUCCAAAUCGUUCAUUCAAGUGAGCCGCGCGUUCGUGCAUGUCAUUUUUUCGUGUCAUUCUAAAAACCAUACUUAGUGAGCAUUGAAGAUGUAAUGUAACUACUCUUUACAAUUUCGUCGAAAUGAUUGAAGGCAUGAAAAAUGAAACGCACUCUUGAUAAUACAAAUUCCUGUGAUCAUCAUCAUCUUCAUCUCUCAUGCAGCAGUGUGAUCUUCGAAAAGUGGUAUAAUCUUCCUAUCUUUGUCUAAAAUGCGGUGUAUGUGUAAGAAUCAAGAACUCAAAAGCCUUGUUAGUUUAUGCGAACUCAUUUUCUUGAUGUAGUGGUUGAGUACUAGGAAUUGUAUUGGUAUCCAUUCAUUGUAUGUAUUGAUGGCGUUGUUGUAUCCUGCUAGUGUGGAUUGAUGAGAAUAUUAUUUGAUACAACAAGGAUUGUUGCGCGGCGAUCGUCAAUAAAAUGAAUAAGUCUUGGAAAUUGGCCACAUUGCAGGAAGUAAGCAUCUGGAUGUAAGUAUAGCCGCACUUUGAUAACACCGCCGCGAUAGAAUGCUUG